AUGAACGCAGAAGCUCGCGUCCCACACUACGACAUGACAUCCAUGGAUUCUUACUAUUCUAUGUCCACGGCACAAAGCAGGGAGCAGCUCUUCAGGACGUUCCCCUCCGCUGACUCGCACAGAUACAGUCCCUUCCUGCUCAGUAACAAGAGCGAGACUUACGCGGAGAAGUGCCACUCAUUGGAUGCAGCAUCAGCAGCAGCAAUUACGGCAACAAGUGGUGAGGACUCUUUCAGCAAAUACCAGCUCUUCAGGUCCUCGUGCAAGACGCCCCCCGAGGAGGACAGAGCGCACGAGGAGACAGGAGGACACAACGGGACGGCCGUCCACUGCUAUGGUAAAGACAGCUCCGGCCUAAGUGACUCUGGUGUGGCCCCGGACUCUGACUCAGUUGGGAUGGAUUCCAGUUUUCUGUCUGUGAAGGAGUCGAGUGUGAAGGGCAGCUCGGAGCGCACCCCGACCUCUGACCUCAGCCCUCUGGACAAAGGCGACGGCGGGGAGAGCAACAAGGGCAAGAAGAGACGCAACCGCACCACCUUCACCAGCUAUCAAUUGGAGGAGCUGGAGAAGGUGUUCCAGAAGACACAUUAUCCAGAUGUGUACGCCCGCGAACAGCUGGCUCUGCGCACAGACCUGACCGAGGCCAGGGUCCAGGUCUGGUUCCAGAAUCGUAGAGCUAAAUGGAGGAAGAGGGAGCGUUUUGGUCAGAUGCAGCAGGUUCGGACUCACUUCUCCACGGCCUAUGAACUGCCUCUUCUGUCUCGCCAUGAGAACUAUGCACAGAUCCAGAAUCCAUCGUGGUUGGGUGGCUCCAGCGCAGCCUCUCCGGUCCCUGGCUGCGUGGUUCCCUGUGACACGGUGAGCCCCUGUAUGACCCCCCACCCUCACUCCGCCAGCGGGGUGUCUGACUUCCUGGGCGUCCCGUCCUCUGCGGGGCACGUGGGCCAGUCUCACAUGGGCAGCCUUUUCGGGUCCUCCUCCGCUGCCAUGGCGACGGGCAUCAACUCAUACGAUCUCAACAUGGACCCCGACCGCAAGUCCUCAAGCAUCGCCGCUCUCCGCAUGAAGGCUAAAGAGCACAGUGCCGCCAUAUCCUGGGCUACAUGA